GGAGCUGAUUGCAGCCGUGCCUCAGCGCGCCGCGCGACGCGAUCGACGCGAGACCGGUGCUAUAACUGACACGACAAUACGCUGCGGAUGCGAUGAGGCAGGCUGGGCGAUCUGUGCUAGCGAUGUUGGCGCUGCUCCGGAGUGCUAGGCCGCUGGUGCCCAAGCAAGCAGUGCGCUGCCUCGCGCGGCGGCCCGUGAAGAAGCGACCGACGAUCAGCAUGGCCCUGUGCGCAGCGGCGUCACGCGCAAGCACUUUGAUUCAUGAACCGAGUCGCGACGCCGUCGACCCGAGAGAGCGGCGUUGCCAGAGAGAGUCAUCACACAGGCGCGGGCGCCCCGGCGCACAGAAGCGCGAACAAAUCGUACUACCGCCGCUGAACGAGAAGAUCAUCCAGCCGUUACUCCGAGUGGUCGUGGAUCGCGGCGAGGCCGAUGACGAGGUAUUAGGUAUCAUCACGCGGGACGAAGCGCUAGAGCGCGCGAGGGAAGAAGGCGUUGAUUUGGUCAUGAUUGCGGAGAAGAGCGACCCGCCGGUCUGCAAGAUCGUCGACUAUGGUAAACUGAGAUACCAGAAGGACAAGAAGAAAAAAGAACAAGCGAAAAAGGCGAAAACGAAUGAAAUCAAAGAAGUAAAAAUGUCCUACAAAAUUGGGGAAGGCGAUUACGACGUGCGGAAGAAGCGCGCGGACAAAUUCAUCAAGAACGGCAAUCGCGUGAAGCUGUCGAUCCAGUUUCGGGGGCGCGAGCAGCAGCACAUGUCGUUGGGCGACGAUCUGAUCGCGCGCUUUAUUGAUGAUCUGGAGGAGGCCGGCGCGAACAUCGCGAAGACCAAAACUAUUAGGGAGGGCAGGGAUCUGACGACGAUCCUGUCGCAGAAGUCGUAAGUAGGGUGACGUG